UCGAGAUUCUUGGUCCGUGGGGCCCCGCAGCACAGGGCCUAUACCGGCAAUUGGCGAAACGGCUGGUGGAUGGGACCGGGGAUAAGAGAGCUGGCAGCUUCCUCGCCCAACGCUUGAGCAUAGCGAUCCAGCGAGGAAAUGCUGCCAGCAUCCUCGGUACCUUGCCACGGGGGCCCAUUUUAGAUUUAGAUUUUUAGUUUUAUAUAGUAGUUUAGUUAAUUGUAUUACUUAUAUAUUUUUUUAUUAACUUGUCUAUAAAAUUGUAUAUGUUUUUCUUGUAUGGACUGACUUUUAUCUGACAUGGCUAUUUGUACGUUACGUAGAACUAGGCAUACAUUUGACAUGCCCCUCCCCCGCAAAAAUCGGCAAACUGUUUUGUACAGAAAAUUACAGUCAAGGCGUCUCCAGUUUUUAAAUCCUCCAAGAUAAAACUUGAUCCUGUAUCCUAGAAAUUUCAGUGGUUUGACAAGUAUGUAAACGCAUCGUAGAUGACUAGCAACAUUCAUUCAAAUGUCACUGUCAAAAUCCAAUUCCCGGACCGGGAAUUUCACGGUCAAAUUUGCGACAAGUUGCAGUUGCAAUUAGUGGUUUCAUAUAUUUAUAUCACAUUAAUUCAUAAAAUAUUGCUAGAGAAAGGAUAUGUUUCAGCACUCCAAGAUUUUGUCACUAUGGAUGGCUCUGUAGCAUGCCCAGUAUGCAACCGAGAUUUCAAAAAGGACCAAAUAGAAGACCAUGUCAACAAAUGUUUGUUUCUCAACACACAACCUGAGAAAAGUGCCGCAAAAAGAACGGGUUCUUUUUUUAACAGCAUCUCUCCCAAAGAAAAGCGAUUUAAGACAGAGAACAAUAUAAACAACAACGCAACAAAACAUAUGGAGCCUCAGCCUUCAAAUUCUACUCCUAACAGCAAUGGGAAGGAAGAACUUACAGGCAAGAGUGUCCCAUUAGCUGAGCAAAUGAGGCCUCUAAGUUUGGAUGAUAUUGUCGGACAUAAGGAGUCAUUUGGUGCUGGCACUAUGCUGCGAUCAAUGUUAGAACAAAACAAAAUACCUAAUAUGAUUUUAUGGGGACCACCUGGCUGUGGUAAGACAUCAAUGGCUAAUGUUAUUGCCCAAAUCUGCAAAAAGCAGAAGAAUUUGCGCUUUGUGAAGAUGUCUGCUACAAUGUCUGGUAUUAAUGAUGUCAAAGAAGUGGUAAAAGUAGCCAAAAACGAAGCUCAGUUUAAGAGACAAACUGUUCUAUUCAUGGAUGAAAUCCACAGAUUUAACAAACUUCAGCAAGACAGUUUUCUGCCUCAUGUGGAAAAUGGAACUAUAAUGCUCAUUGGUGCAACCACUGAAAACCCUUCGUUCAGUUUGAACAAUGCCCUGCUCAGCCGAUGUAAAGUUGUGGUCAUGGAAAAACUGACUGUUGAUGAUGUGGUGCUGAUAUUAGAGAGAGCUGUGGAGAAAAAUAAAGAUGCAGUUCUAGUGGACACAGAAAGCAAAUUUGAAUGUCCUACAGAUGGUGAUAUACCUAGGUGUCUAGUGGAGCGCGCGUCGCUCCGCUGGCUGGGCGAGGUGAGCGACGGUGACGCGCGCGUGGCGCUGGGCGCGCUGGAGCUGGCCCUGGCGGCGCGCGCCGCGCCCGCCGAGUGCGUGCACCGGGCCGGGCCCGCGCUGCUCACGCUUGACGAUAUUAAGAAUGGGAUCAAGCGUUCGCAUAUGGUGUACGACCACCACGGCGAGGAGCACUACAACACGAUCUCCGCAAUCCACAAGUCCAUCCGCGCGAGCGACGACAACGCGGCACUUUACUGGACGACCCGGGCUCUGCACGGCGGCGAGGACCCGCUCUACAUCGCGAGGAGACUCGUCAGGAUCGCCUGCGAAGAUGUCGGUUUGGCUGAUCAGAAUGCAAUAGUGGAAGCCGUAUCGUGCCUGCAAGGUUGCCAGCACGUGGGCAUGCCGGAGGCCGACGUGCUGCUGGCGCAGUGCGCGGUGCGCCUGGCGCGGGCGCCGAAGAGCAGAGAGGUGUAUGAAGCCAUGAAACGCUGCCAACACUCUCUUAGAGAAGCGAAAGGACCAUUGCCGCCCAUACCUCUACACUUGCGAAAUGCGACUACGAAACUUAUGAGACAAUUAGGAUACGGAAAAGGAUAUAAUUUACUUCACAAAGACGAAUCGUGUCUAACGUAUAUGCCGGAAGGUAUGGAGGAUGUGGACUUCUUUCGUGACGACGAGGGUGGGGGUUAGUUUAUAAAUUGCUACUAAAAUAAAAGUUAAUUAUUCCUAGA